CGGCUUCCAGAGUCAAACAGCUUCUCGCUCUCACACACGGACGUUUCUCACAGUUUAACGGACUCUGAAAGGCUCUUGUACCGUUCUGGAUUACCAUUUGUUGGGACUUUAUCUGUGGAAUUUACCAGGACAACCGCCUCACUGUGAGCGCUGUGGAUAUUUCUUCUUAUCCUGGAUUUUGUGGAAUAUUUUACGGACUUCAGCAUGACUCUGGAAGAGGUUGUUGGAUCCAACAGCACCGACAAAAAGAUGGAGACGGUGAGUCAGGCUCUGGAGGAGUUGCUGGUCGCAGCUCAGCGGCAAGACUGUCUCACGGUUGGAGUCUACGAGUCCGCCAAACUCAUGAAUGUAGAUCCAGACAGCGUGGUCCUCUGCGUCCUCGCCACCGAUGAGGAGGAUGAAGAUGAUAUCGCGCUGCAGAUUCACUUCACAUUGCUUCAGGCUUUCUGCUGCGACAACGACAUCAACAUCCUGCGGGUGUCCGGCAUGAGGCGGCUGGCUGAGGUGCUGGGAGAGGACACCGAGGACAGCAACGGCAACGAGCCGCGCGACCUGCACUGCAUCCUGGUCACUAACACCCCCGUGCAGCCGCUGCAGUGCCAGGCCCUGCAGGACGUCGGCAGCUUCUGCGAAGAGAGCCGCUGCAGGAACCAAUGGGUCCCCUGCCUGGAGCUGCAGGACCGCUGAGUCGAACCGGGCCGACUCGAACCGAGCCAUACCGCUGUGGAGCGGUGAGAUGUAGAUGCGAUUACCCAAACAGCCUGUCCUCGUGCAGAAGAGGAGUAAUGGUGUUUGAGAGAAGGGAGCGACCGAACCGUGGGAGUCUUCCCGGUGCUCGAUCCUGUCCUGGAAGCAGGAGAGGUGUGCUGGUUCUGAAAGUCGGACCGGACCCUGCUGGCGGCUGCAGGUUGUAGAGCUGCAGAGUGAAAGGCUGCCAACUGACAGCGGUUAGAUGUCACGUGACUGGACUGCUGCAUGAACUUAGGAGCUGCACGCGAAGCCCUGGACUGAGCUGCAGGUGUUGCAUGUGUUCUGCUCACCUGUGCGCUGCACACAUAUGAACUAUCAUUGCUUUCUGUUACACACUGACGUCAUACCUGUUUUUUAUUUAUCUGAGCAGAUUAAUAUAUGAGUGAAAAUAGAAUCUACAUGUUGACUUUAUCUGAAUAAAUUAUUGAGAGAAAAA